AUGUUGGGACGUUUAUCACAGGUUGAGGGAAACCAGCUGCUCCGAUUACUCAAAUUGAGCAAAUCAAUCGAGCAGAAGAAUGACGAAAUAGCGCAACUUAAUACGAAGAUAAUGACGUUGAAAACACAGAAGGCUAAUCAGGAGUUUGAGAAUUUUAAGUUGGAUGAUGAAUAUAUGAAAUGGAAGGAGCAAGUGUCGAGUGUUAGUGAUGAUAUUGACGAAUUGAAGCACCACGAACAAGAAUCGUUAAAAACGUUGCAAGAUAAGUACGAAUUGAUGUCUAAACAACUCAAUAUUGCACACGAGGAGAAGCUUCAGGUGUUGAAGGAGCAAAUAAGUCUCCUGAUAGAGAAGGUGAUUAAUGAGAAUGUGUACAAAUAUCAAUCAGAAAAACAGCAGUUAUCUGAUAAAUGUGAAGAGCUUUCGAAACUGAUAAAACUGCAGGAACAAGAUUUGAAUAGAAAACUCAUUAAACUUAAGGAAGAACACAACAAAAAGUUAAUUCAAUUGAGUUCCAACAUGGACGAAACAAUUGCGAGCCUUCAACGUGAUAUUGACAUUUUAAGUAAUGAGACUGUUUCUAAGACAGAAGAGUAUGAGAAGCUUGCUAAUAAUGUAUCAACGGGCUUGGAUGAAGCUAAUGCCCAGUUAAAUUCUCAGUUGCAUGAAUUAAAAUCAAAAUAUCAUAAUAAAGAAAUGGAGAUAUCUAAUUUGAAGAAUAAAAUAUCCAGUAUGAAGACCACUAGCCAACAUAUCGAAAGGUCAUUUGGUGAUAAAUCCAUUCGUAUUGAUGGCUUUAAUAGGAAGGCCGAAAUAAUGAAUGCUCAAUUGGCUAGUCAAGAGAUUGCAAGGCGUGUGUUACAUGACAAACUCCAGCAGCUUAAAGGAAAUAUUCGUGUUUUUUGUCGUAUAAGACCUCCACAAGUGGUCGACAACAAGCGACUGGAUGAGGAAAGUCUUAUUUCAAUGGAUUUCAACGAUGAUGAGUUCAAUGAUGAUGCAAGCCAAGAAUUGAUAAUUUCAAAGGAUCCAAUUGAUGAAAACACGGGUAAUGGGCAAUCUUCAUAUUCAUUACACCAAAAUAAAAAGAAUAAUAUGUCAUACAAAUUUCAUUUCGAUAAGAUAUUUCUGCCAUAUCUGCUAAACGAAGACAUUUUUGGUGAACUUUCGCAACUAAUUCAAUCGUCUUUGGAUGGCCAAAAUGUAUGCGUUUUUGCCUAUGGUCAAACUGGUUCUGGUAAGACGUGGACAAUGUCCCAUCCUGAUACAGGUAUGAUCCCACUUUCAAUUCAAAUGAUAUUUGACAAUAUUGAAGAAUUAUCGAUGAAGGGUUGGUCGUAUUCUGUUGAAGGACAAUUCCUUGAAAUUUACAACGAAACAAUAGUCGAUUUAUUAUCGCCUGUUGGAAAUUCAAAGAAACAUGAGAUAAAGCAUGAUGAUGUAAAUGACAAAACUUCUGUAACAAAUAUAGCGACUGUUAAGGUAGUAUCAAAAAAUCAAGCAAAAUCGAUUUUAGAAAGGGCAACAAAGAAUAGAUCAACUGCUUCUACUAGAUCCAAUGAAAGAUCAUCGCGGUCUCAUUCAAUAUUUAUUUUAAAGAUGCUUGGUAAAAAUAAUGAAACCGGUGAAAUUAGUGAGGGAACAUUAAAUCUUAUAGAUUUGGCUGGUUCUGAAAGAUUGAAUAGCUCACAAGCAAAAGGCGAGAGGUUGAAAGAAACCCAGGCAAUUAAUAAAUCAUUAUCUUGCUUAGGAGACGUAAUAUAUUCGUUGGGUCAACAACAGCAAAGUGGACAAAGCCAACAGCAUAUACCGUAUAGAAACUCGAAACUCACUUAUCUCUUAAAGCAUAGUCUUGGAGGGAAUUCGAAGACAUUGAUGUUCGUCAACAUUUCACCAUUAUCUAAAAAUUUUAAUGAAACUGUUAACUCCCUCAGAUUUGCUACUAAAGUCAAUUGUACAAAGAUUGGUUCUAGUAAGCCUAAUUCGAGAUAG